AUGGGUUUAUUUUCGUUGAUUUCUCGCAAAAACGAUAUCGACCAAUCAUACAAAAAACAAUCUCAUGGUAAAACCGCGGUAGAAAAGAGUAAAGAUAAACAUGAAUGGGAUCGACCACUCGAGUUCAUCCUGUCACUCAUCUCUAAUUCCGUUGGUCUCGGUAAUGUCUGGCGAUUUCCAUAUCUAGCUGCGAAAAGUGGCGGUGGUGCAUUUCUCGUACCAUACUUCAUCUUGUAUUUCCUCAUCGGUGCACCCAUCUAUUAUCUCGAACUGGCUCUCGGACAAUUCUCAAGUCGAGGUCCAGCUACUGCAUUCAUUCUUGCAAAAGGAUGGCAAGGUAUCGGAUUCGCCAUGGUCAUUAAUACCAUAUUCUGUAUGCUAUACUACAAUGUUAUUAUUAGUUGGGCAUUAUUCUAUUUUGUCCUAUCAUUUCGAAAGAAUCUUUUGUGGAAAACCUGUGGCUAUUGGUGGAAUGAUGACCGAUGCUUUGUUCCUGGUAGCGAAAGUUCAUUACACGUCAUCAACGGAACAACUUAUAACUGUACUCAACCUCAAUAUCAAAACAUGUCUCAAUAUUCAUGUGUGUCGAUCAAUGCAACAGACCGCGUGACAGCAACAGAACAAUUCUUUUAUCGAUUACUUUUGGGAAAGAGCAAUAGUUUUGAGGAGUUUGGAACACCUCAACUGUACCCUGCUCUUUCGUUAUUCGUUGCCUGGUUAAUAGUUGGUGCAUGUAUUAUUCGUGGUGUGAAAUCAUCAGGAAAAGUCGCCUAUUUCACAGCUAUUUUUCCAUAUGUUGUGUUGUUAAUACUGAUUAUUCAAAGUUCUUUAUUACAUGGCGCCAUCGAUGGGAUCAAAUUUUAUGUUAUUCCGCGAUGGGAACUUGUGGCCAAGUUUGAGACAUGGCAAGCAGCUGCUUCACAGGUUUUCUUUUCUCUUGGUCUUAGUUUUGGUUCGUUGAUGGCAUAUUCAGCAUCUAACAAGUUUAAAAACAACUUCUUCAGACAAAUGUGUGUUGUUGUGUCAUGUGAUUGUUUCACCGGUAUUUUCGCUGGCUUUGCUGUAUUUGCUACGAUUGGAUAUCUUGCGGCUCAAGUUAAAGAAUCGGUAGCAUCCUACGCAAGUUCGUCUGGCCCAGGUUUAGCAUUCAUCACAUAUGCGGAAGCUAUUACACACAUGCCGGCUAGUCCCGUUUUCUCCAUUCUUUUCUUUUUGAUGUUGUUGGCACUGGGUCUCGGCACUCAGUUCGCCAUGACCAACAUUCCCAUAAGUGCUGUGAUGGAAUUGUUUCCUAGACUUCCGGUGAAACGUCCAGUAAUAGUCAUCAUCACUUGCGUGGUGUCUUUUCUUGUCAGUUUGCCGUUCACGUGUCCAGUUCGUAUACGUGUGAUGUUCGAUGAUGAAAAAGUGAAAGUUAUUUAUUUUGUGUAG